AGGAGUCAAGUUACUCAGCCCUGAAGUAAAAGUCCAGUCAGUAGUGCAGUUGAGUUCAACUUGUUCUGGGUUCUUCAAAGUUUGAAACUUUAAGCUUCAAUGGAGGAAGAGAAGGAUGCCUUUUAUGUUGUUCGAAAGGGAGAUGUGGUUGGCAUAUAUAAAAGCUUGAAGGAUUGCCAAAACCAAGCUGGUUCAUCGGUAUGCAAUCCUUCUGUAAGUGUGUUUAAAGGGUAUGGUUUGCCUAAGGAGGCCGAGGAGUACCUUGUCUCGCAUGGGCUUAAGAAUGCUUCAUAUACUAUCAGUGCCAGUGAUGUGAAAGAUGGUCUGUUUGGAAGCCUUGUUGCUUGUCCUUACCAGCAGCCAGCAUCUUCUAUGGUUAAUUCAGGGUUCAAAAUUGCACCUGAUCAGCUUACACGAAAGAGAAUGCCGGAUGUGAUAAAUUCAGGUGUCAAUGACCCUCCACAAAAGAGAUCACUGGAUCAGCCAGCGUCUUCUAUGGUUAAUUCUGGCUUCAAAAUUGCACCUCAUCAGCUUACGCGAAUGAGAUUGCCGGAUGUGGUAAAUUCAGGUGUCAAUGACCCUCCACAGAGGACAUUGCCGGAUCAAUCCUGCAUACUUGAGUUUGAUGGAGCUUCAAAAGGAAAUCCUGGAUUAUCUGGUGCAGGAGCUGUACUUCGUGCUGAAGAUGGGAGUGUUUUGCACCGGCUGCGGGAAGGCGUGGGCAUUGCAACAAAUAACGUCGCUGAAUAUCGAGCUGUAAUUCUAGGAUUGAAAUAUGCUCUUGAGAAAGGUUAUAAGCACAUUCGUGUUCAGGGAGACUCUAAACUUGUCUGCUGCCAGAUUCAGGGGACCUGGAAGACAAAAAAUCAGAAUAUGGCCGACCUGUGCCAAGUGGCCAAGCAGCUUAAGGACAAGUUUACUUCUUUUCAGAUCAAUCAUGUUCUCAGGGAGUUCAAUGCAGAUGCUGAUGUUCUAGCAAACCGAGCAGUAAAUCUCAGAGAUGGUCAAGUUGAAGUGGAAUCCCAGCAAUAGUAGCUCAAAUGUCCAAAAGGGGGAAUUAGAGAGAAUCAGAAUCAGGAGUGCCUUAAUAUUCAGUGUGCUAAACAUGUCUAAUGCACUGGUUUUCUUUAGGCAAGUACACUCCUUCUCACUAUGAUUGCCAGGUCUAUGUAAAAUUUGCAGUGAUCAUUUUGAACCCCAAAUUUGCAGUGAAAUUUCUCAUGU